AAAAAAAGAGAGAAGAAGUUAUUUUAGAAAGUGCUAAUGAUUUUACGAAACGAUUGUAUCGCCUUUUGGAAACCGAUGGAGCUGUUCUUUCAUAAAUAAAAGACAUCACUUUGCAGAAAAUUUGAUGGCAAUUCUUUCAAGAAAAAGAAAAUCGUUCAGUCCUAGUAUUAGACGAAAAAAUGUUACAGUCGAAAUACAGGCUCUAUUAUUAUAGCCAUAAGUCUAGAUGCAAAAGGCCUGGUGAUUUCAACAUUUUACCACAGACAAGAGACCCAACGGACAAUCUCCUAGUAGUUUCACAAUUUUAGAAAACAUCUUAGUCACAAAAUUAUGAUCAAAACACUGGUUUUUGCAGCCACUGUACAACAUUGACUAAAGAUAAUGUAAUCAGAGAUACCCGAAAGUCAUAGGAUUCGCAAGAAUCGUGUUAAGAUUUUAAACAAACCUACGCGAAAUCCUAGUAGGAUCCUAACAUCUAAGAUUCUACUAAGAACUUUUUAGGAUCCUAGCAGAAUCCUGGCGAAAUCUCGGAACUUUCGGAUAUUUUCUGAUUUUAUUAGUAUCCUAGUAGGAAAGGCAUAGGAUUGCCCCUUAUCUCGGUAAAGACUCUGUGGUUAUGUUAAUGGUUGCAGUUUUCGUCAAGUCUGAUCAUAAACCGGCAUUUCACACAAUGUUUCUAUUUGUUGUGUUUCCCACGGACUGUUUACAGUCUUUUCCUUUUCAAUAGUAAAUGUUAAUCAGUGAAAAAAUUCGACGUUCGUAGUGUUUUUCCUUGGUGAAGUUGAAUGAAAGCGUCUUUUAUAGUUGUUAUUUUUAGCUUGUUAACGGUACAGAUAUUCGUGAAUUAAAUUUGCAAUGGUUUCGAUCACAAAUUGGACUGAUUAGUCAAGAACCAGUAUUAUUUGAUUUAUCAAUAAGAGAAAAUAUAGCUUAUGGUGAUCAUUCACAUGAAGUCUCAUUACAUGAAAUAAUAACUGCAGCUACUAAAGCUAAUAUUCAUAGUUUUAUUGAAACACUUCCUCAGGUAACAUAA